AUGUGUAAUUUAGAACGGUUAAAACUUUGGGAUUGUAACCCCAAAGAUUUUACAAAAGAGUUUUGCAAUUCAACAUCUGUGAUACAAUUAAACGUUUUGUGUACACAUUUUAGCACUGUAGAUGAUCUACUUCCCCAUGUAACUGGUGGCUUUCGUGGCAGAGCUAUAACAGUUGGGUCUUUACACUAUCCACCUUGGACAAUAUUUGAACGGAAUGAUAGAGGACAAAUUACAAAGUACAGUGGACUGAUUUUUUCCUUGCUCAAUGAAAUUUCAUACAAGCUCAACUUUACUUAUGUUGUGAAAGAGCCAAGUGAUGGUAAAUGGGGAGACUUGAAGAAUGGGAAAUGGAAUGGAAUGAUCUCUCAGGUCAUAAACAAUGAAGUUUUGCUAGCAGCUGCAGCUUUCUCUGUGUCAGCAGAACGUGAAGUUGUAGUUAACUUUACCGAACCAAUUGAUAUGCAGCCAUACGCAUUUAUGUAUCGACGACCUAAGGAACUCUCUAGAUAUCUUCUCUUCAUUGACCCCUUUACUCCAUCUGUGUGGGCAUAUAUUGCAGCCAUGACUGCUAUCAUCGGCCCAAUCUUUUGGGUUAUUCACAGAUAUUCAUACUUCUACAAGUACUAUGAUGCUGUCAAACCCUUUGGUCUUUUCCGUGUUGAAGAAUGCGUUUGGUUUGUUUACGCUGCGCUUAUUCAACAGGGAGGAACAAUUCUUCCAACAGCAGAUUCUGGUCGAAUUCUUAUUGCUUUCUGGUGGCUGUUUGUUAUUGUUGUAGUGACAACUUAUUCUGGAAACCUUGUUGCCUUCUUAACAUUCCCUCAAAUUGAAUUCCCUCUAAACACACUGGACGAUCUUAUUAAAAAAGGAGAAACUGAUGGUAUCACAUGGGGACUACUUCAAGAUUCGGUUAUUGAGGCCUACUUCAGAGAUGCUGAGGAACCAAAGUUCAAAUUUAUCGGAGAUCAUGCCAUGCGUCACACGGAACCAGGGACAGAUCCUAAUUCUGAGGUGUUCCAGUUGAUAAAAAAUGAAGAGCAUGUUUACAUAGAAUGGAAGUCUAAACUGGAAGUUAUGAUGAAAGAACAAUAUAAUAUAACACGAGAGUGUGAUUACGCGUUGGGGAAAGAGAAUUUCUUCUUUGAAAGAGUUGCUCUGGCCUUUCCUGAGGACUCUCCGUGGCUCCACAAAUUUAACAAAGUGAUCCGAGAUGUACUUCAGGCUGGUCUUAAUCAGAAGUGGAAACAGGACUUCUGGCCUUCAGACGAUGAAUGUUCAACAACAGCUAGCGGUGGUACAGGAACAACAGCUGUAGUUACAGUCAUGGACAUGCAGGGUUCAUUCUACAUUCUGUUUUUUGGAUGUCUGUUUGGACUCAUUUUCUUGGGAAUUGAACAUCUUAUAAAGAACAAGAUGGAUGCUAAGGGCAAAUCUCCAAUACAGCCUUUUACACCAUAAAGGACGACCUUGCAUUAUCUCAAGAUUCUCUCUAUGCAAACUACUGGACGAAAUGAUAAUGAUAUAUUUUAAUAGGUUUAAGGAAUCUAGAUUUAAGGAUAUUUAGUUUUAACUGUUUUAGAAUAAAGGAAACCAUCAUUUUUAAAA